AUGUUCAGACAAUCUAUCAGAAGAGCCUCUACUUUGCCAAAGCAUGCUUUGGAACCAGCUUUCGGUAAGCCAGAUCUAGCUGCUGCUCAAGCUUACAAGGAGUACAUUAAGAACAGUACUGCCCAUGCUCAACACACUUCCAACUUGUGGGUAAAGAUCUCCCUAUUUGUUGCUGCCCCAGCCAUCGCUUUGACUGCUGUAAACACUUACUUUGUUGAAGCUGAACACGCUAAGCACCGUGAACACUUGAAGCACGUUCCUGAUGAAGACUGGCCAAGAGACUACGAAUUCCAAAACAUCAGAACAAAGCCUUUCUUCUGGGGUGAUGGUGACAAGACUUUGUUCUGGAACCCAGUCAUCAACAGACACAUCUCCCACGAUUAA